ACAAAACAGCGGCAGAGCAGCCCUGAGAGAAACUAACACAACUCAGCACUCUCGCAGCAGACGAGCAGCGUGGAGCUUCAGUUAUGAUAUCCGAAAGGCCCUUUCCUCAUGAGCAGUGCUGUGAGGAUGAUGCGGGUAUGAUGAUGCCAACCCAACCGUGAAAAUGUACGAGGUGAUGUCCGGCGACACCCUGUCGUGGAAGGUGCCCAGUCCAAGACAGAGCGACUCAGACAUCAGUGUUGAAGGGCAGUUCACUGGAGACGAAGGGGCGGUCAAAAUCCUCAAAGUGUGCUUCUGCACCAACAACAACCUCGGAAAAAACUUUAAGCUGGUCAAAUGUGACAGCGCCUGGCAAAUCAGGGCCAUCAUUCAGUCAAUUCUGGUCAGCGGUCGAUUGGGGCCAAAUGUCGAGCUCACAAGAUGCUAUGGUCUCAUGCUGAAGCACUUGAAGUCCGAAGAACUUUACUGGCUCCAUCCAGACCUGACCGUGGGUGAGGUGGAGCAACGUUACGAGAGCAAUCACGUGGAAGCUGAGUGGAGGUAUGACCUCCGGAUCCGCUACGUUCCUGUUAAUUUCCUGGAGAAAUUCAAAGCUGACAGAUCUACGUUUCUGUAUUUUUACCAGCAGGUGCGUAGUGACUACAUGCAGUAUCAUGCCAGUAAGGUCAGUGAUGGGAUGGCCCUGCAGCUUGGUUGCUUGGAGCUCAGGAGGUUCUAUAAAGACAUGAAUGCAAAAGGUCUUGAGAAGAAAUCUAACUUUGAGCUGCUAGAAAAAGAGGUGGGUCUGGACCUUUUCUUUCCUCAGCAGCUGAUUGGCAGCAUGAAGUCCAGACACCUACGGAAGAUGAUCCAGCAGACAUUUCAACAGUACGCAACACUCAAGGAGGAUGACUGCAUGAUCAGGUUUUUUGAAACCCUAAACGAUUUCGUUAACUAUGAUGAAGAGGUCAUCCCAUGUGAGCUAGUGCAAAGUUGGAGACUGUCAGUGGAGCUGGUCAUUGGUGGAAGGGGCAUUCGCCAACGCACCCAGAAAGACUCAGCAGCUGUAUUUCUAGCUGACUUCAAACAGAUCAAGAAAAUACAAUGCUUGCCCCAGAGUGACGGCAAGGCGUGUCUAAAUAUUGACAUAGAGGGUGCUCGACAACGUCUGUCCAUCAGCGUGGCCAGUGUGCCUAUGGCAGAGAACCUGAUGGACCUUAUUGAUGGUUACUGCCGCCUAGAAAAUGCCACAGAUACCAGCGUUAUCCACCAACCAAACAGAGACAAUAAGGGUGCACGGGCGUCCUUGCCUGAGAUCCCUAAAAGGAGCAGCAGAGACAUCUGCUCAAGCAGACAUAGUAUGGGUUCUGAUAUCUACUGUGAGAUCGAUGAAAGGCCAAAAUCAGUUGUGAAAUAUGGGAUAAAUCGCGAUGACAUCGCACUUGGACGGAUACUUGGUGAAGGAUUUUUCGGGGAAGUCUACGAAGGAGUGUACAAAACGGAUAAUGGCGACAGGGUCAAUGUGGCAGUUAAGACCUGCAAGGACUGUUCACCCGAUGUCAUGGAGAAAUUCAUGAGUGAAGCAGUAAUUAUGAAGAACCUGAAGCAUCCCCACAUCGUCAAGCUGAUUGGAAUCAUCGAAGAGGAUCCAGUCUGGAUUAUCAUGGAGCUUUAUCAGCACGGAGAGCUCGGAAACUACCUGACCCAGAACCAAAACAAGCUGACAAACACAACCCUGCUGCUGUUCAGCCUGCAGAUCUGCAAAGCCCUCGUCUACCUGGAAGGGGUCAAUGUGGUACACAGAGACAUUGCGGUUCGGAACGUGUUAGUCGCCAGCCCGGACUGCGUGAAGCUCGGAGAUUUCGGUCUUUCAAGAUACAUAGAGGAUGAAGAAUACUACAAAGCGUCUGUUACUCGAUUGCCAAUCAAGUGGAUGGCCCCGGAAUCGAUCAACUUCAGACGCUUCACUCCCGCCAGUGAUGUCUGGAUGUUUGCUGUGUGUGUGUGGGAGAUCAUGAGUGCCGGUCAGCAGCCAUUUUUCUGGCUGGAAAACAGAGACGUGAUCAACCAGCUGGAGCAGGGCAUCAGGCUGCCGAAACCGGACAACUGCCCCCCCGCUCUCUACUCGCUGAUGACCCGCUGCUGGUCCUACGACCCCAAAGACCGACCCAGUUUCACUGAGCUCGUGAUCAAGAUCAGCGACGUCCAAAAGAUGGAGAAGGAGGAGGAUGCAGAGAGAGAAAGGGACCGAGCGCGCAGCACCAAAUACUUCGAACCCAAGGUCAACUUCACGGAGCCUCCUCCCAAGCCUUCAAGAAUGCAGCCAGGCCGGUUUGGGAACAUGCUCAGUAUCGGUCUGCACAUUCAGCUGAAUGAAGCUCUGUGUGCCAGCUCGCCUGACCUGGCCAGCCCGUGCGAGUACCAGUCCCCCAUUGACUCCAGGAGCACUCUCGCUCUGCCGGUCACCUCUCCUCGGCGUCGCAGCAUGGGGGAGAAUGAGUUUCCCAGGAUGCAACCCAACAGCAUGGAGGACGCCCAGCGCCUGUGGCACAAGGAGCGCCAGCAGAUACAGGACACGAUGCGGCAGCAGAAAGAGCAGAUGAAGGAGGAUAAGAAGUGGCUGGAGAAGGAGGAGAGACUCCUGGACCCCAUGGGACCGGAGGACACCGGUGGUCCAGCGUCUCCUGAAGCCAACAGUGAACACGUAGCACCUGAGAAGCCCCCGCGACUCAAAGUGCAGGCUGCCCCCACAGCCGAGCUGGACCGCUCUGGCGAUAAAGUGUACACCUCCGUCAUGGAUUUGGUCAAAGUUGUCGUCCAACUCAAGAAUGACAUCACGGAGCUGAAGCCAGAGCAAUAUAUUACCAUCAUCAAGAAUGUUGGGAUGGCUUUAAGGGAUCUGAUUCACAGCGUGGAUGACAUAUUACCCACCCUACACGAGUCUAUCAGGACUGAGAUCGAAGGCACCCAGAAGCUGCUAAACAACGACAUGGCGGAGCUGAUCAGUAAAAUGCGGCUGGCCCAACAGAACGCCAUCACCUCUUUAAAGGAGGAGUGCAAGAAACAGAUGCUGGCCGCUGCGCACACUCUGGCUAUGGACAGCAAGAACAUGCUGGACGCCGUGGACCAAGCGAGAGUCAGGGCCAAUUUAGCCAAACCCGCUGCCCCUGAGUGAACUGUCAUUUAUCAGAAUAAUUGAUGUAUAUAGUGAAACAUUUCUGUUGUGACGGAGUCGAUUAAAAAUUAAGGCUGAGGCAGCCGCUGGUCCUUUGGACAGCCUCCCCCCUUUAAAUGAACAUUCAGUUGAAUUGUGAUGCUGCAACUCUAAACGAAGUGUAAAGUAUACAGUCAUUUGUCCUUAAAGGGUCCUUUCAUUUCAUUUUUGGGAGGCAGGCAGUCCUGACGCACUUUGGUGUGAUUACAAUCAGUGAUUCAGAAUGAAAUCUAAAUAUCUGUGUAAGUAUUGACUCGUGAAAAUGACAAAAUAGCAGAGUAGUUCAAAUGAAAACAGAGCUAAUUUACUUUUGCAGCAGCGUCAUCGGGGAUAUAUAAAACGACUGCACCAAAAGGUCAGUCACUAAUUUAAAGUAAGACCACUAUGAUUCUUCACUGUUUGAGUUUUUGUGCAUUUCUACUGCCAUCACAUUAAACUUGCCCUUUGAUUAAA